CUCCACUCAUCAAGCAGGGGAUGGACUCCCAGCACAGCUCCCUGCUUGCCGCGCUGAUAGAAGGAAUCACAGCUCUUUGCUCUCAACCUGGUGACUUCUCCAUGCCUUUGUGCCAGCCUGGAGCGAGCACACAGGUGAAAGCAGAAAGCAGGGCACAGCUUCUGCUCUGAUCCUGAGUUAAAAGGUAGAAGUCUCACUUGUUUUGCACAAGGAGCCCUCCCCACUACCUACUGUGUGCUUGGCCACAGACGAGCAGUGGGAGAGCACUGGUGGCUGCCAAACGCCCUCCAGCAGCAGGAGCCUCGGACCACUCGUGACAGUGCCGUAGGGCUGGCAGACACGGCUCUAACUCUCAUCUCCACACUGGGUGGAGCUGCUCCAGUGGAGCACACACACAGCUGCUCCAGCCCUCAAACAGAGGGUCUGCUCUGCUCCAACCCCCACCUCAACCCUUGGCUGCUGACCUAGGCUCAGAAGAUGGAUGGUCCAGACCUGAGCUGGCUGGUGAAUCGCUCCCUUCCACUGGGCUCUGCUCAAUACCCUGAGCUCAGACUCGACCUGCUCGACAGGAAACUUUCCUGCCUGCAGCUGGCUGCCAUGAGGAAUACGAACAUCAUCCUGCAGCACUACAACUUCACAGGCAAGCUGACCAACCGGCAGUCUGGGGAUGAAGGCAUGGGUCUUAUCCGCACAACCUUUGCCAUCAUCAGCUGCGUCAUCAUCCUGGAGAACCUGCUUGUGCUGCUGGCCAUCUUGCGGUGUCUGCGAGCCCGCCGCUGGGUCUACUCCUGCAUUGCCAGCAUCACUGUGAGCGACCUGCUCGCAGGAAUUGCCUACCUUUCUAAUCUCUGCCUCUCGGGCAAGAAGACCUUCCAGCUUUCACCUCAGCUCUGGUUCCUGCGGGAAGGCAUCCUCUUUAUUGCACUGGCUGCCUCCACCUUCAGCUUGCUUGUGACUGCCAUCGAGCGCUACAGUGCCAUGGUAAGGCCGAUUGCUGAGAAUGAAGCCAGCAAGACGCUGCGCUUGCGCAGCUUGAUCGUCUCCUGUUGGCUGCUGGCCUUCGUCAUUGGACUGCUUCCACUGCUGGGCUGGAACUGCUUGUGUGACUUCAAUGCCUGCUCUGUCCUCCUUCCUCUCUACUCCAAGAACUACAUCCUCUUCUCUGUAGUCAUGUUCAGCAUCAUCCUCCUGGGGAUCAUCGGCCUCUACAUCUCCAUCUUCCAGCUGGUCCAGGCCAGUUCUAAGCAAACCACAUCUCGGCACAGCCGCAAACGGUCCCUGCGCUUGCUCAAGACUGUGUUGAUGAUCCUGGGUGCCUUCAUCAUCUGCUGGAGCCCCCUCUUUGUCCUGUUGCUCUUUGAUGUCUUCUGUGAGACUCAGACCUGCAAGCACCUCCACAGCUUGGACUGGACCUUGGCUCUGGCCAUGGUUAACUCAGGUGUUAACCCCAUCAUUUACUCCCUCCGGAGCGUGGAGGUGCGCCGUGCCGUGGGAAGCCUGCUGUGCUGCUGCUGUGUCAGGGUCGGGCUUUGCAAGCCUGGGAACUGCUUGGUCAUCACAGACAUCAACUCCGGCUCAUCCACCGAGAGCUCACUGCACUACCGGGAGAGCUUCCGCAGCUCUGCAGUGCUGAACAGCCGGCCCAGAGCACCACUCUCCAGCAACUCCAGCAUGAUGAGCAAUCUCCCCAGCUUCUGAGAGGCCAUGGGGAGAGCAAGAGAUGCCAGACAGACCACCAGGACCUCAUGCUGCUGGUCCUGGCCUGGCAAAACUGUAGCCCACAUGCAGCUCAAGCUGACCAGGCGCAGUCCCACCCUAGUUGUCAACCGUGGCCAGGCUCUCCAGUCCCUUCAGACUGGGAUGUUGCUUCAGCACAGGGACAGACAUUGCUCCUAGGGUGGGAGUGAAGGAUACGAGCACACGAUGGGACUGAUGCUCUGCUGAGACAACUGCUGUGCCUGGGUUAUAUGUGGUCCCUGCUCUGUGUGUGCAUGUAUAUAGAUGCUGUACCUGCCUAGAUGAGGGUAUUGUGUCCCAGGGCACAGUGACAAACAGGGUAGGUAUCCCCAGCCAGACCGCCCCUCAAACCCUUGGAAUCAGGCUGGGCUGGCAGUGCUGCCACUGCAUGUCAUGCAGGGCUAGAGGCUGUCCUUGAGUCUUCUCCUGCAGCUGCAGCCUUCUGGAACUGCUGCGAUGGGCACAGCUGGUGGGAAAAGAUGCAGGCUUGAUGUCUUGCCAGGGAGUCAAGAACAACUGGGUUUGCAAGUACAAGUGUGUGCAGCUGUGGGGCAGCUCAGAGGCCCCUGGCCAGGAACUGAGUGCCCCCCUUAGUGCAGCACAAACCAGCCGCAGGAAGGCAGAAGGCUGCAGCAAUAGCCCAACCCCUCACUGGAGCACAGAAGCUGGGCACCGUGCCUGGGCAAAUGCUGUGACAGUGCUUACAGCCUGGCAGCAAGAAGUAAGAGCACUGCUGUGCUUCAGGGCAUGGGGCUGCACCUGCAGUGACAGCCCUAGCACCACCACGGGCAGAAGGAGGGACCCACAGUGACCGCAGAGGCUGGUGCCACCCUGCACGGCAGAGCUACCUGCUCCCAUCUGGCUGAACCCCGCAGGUAACGUGCCUGUACAGCAGAGGGUUCACAGCGCUGGGGCCUGUCAGAGAGGUGGGUCACGCUCCAGCAAAUCUGCCCUGUUCUAAGGUCCCCACACAGGGGGUGACACCCAAUGUGGUGGGCACUGAAAGGCUGAGCAGCAGCCUGUAGAUGGCUUUGCAUUCUAUUGUCUCUGGUGGGGUUUGGCUCACACCUGAACAGAUGCAGCAGAAAUUUUUUGUUUCCUCUUCCUCUUUGGGACAAAAAGGGUGAAUCCUUCCAGAAACCUUCCCCAAAACACUGUUUGCAACAGAACAGAUUUGCAAGAAUCACUUAAAUGGUCUGGAACAGUCAGCACCUGGAGGCAGGAGCAGGGUGGAGCCUGCCCCAAGCCCUUCUGAAGUUCAGCACAGCUGAGGAACAGGAGCAGAAUGGAGGUCUGAUCCUAAGGUCUGAAAGAAAGGUCUGGUCCUAGCAUAUGCUCUAAGUGCUACCACAUCUGAAGAAGAGGGUUGCCCGUGCUCAGCCAGGGAAAUGUUCUGAGGGUCUCCACCUCCCUGUGAGCUGCACAGCAUCAACAGCCCAGAAGGUACCCGAGGACCCCCGGAGCCCUGGGCUCACAGCACUCAUACAGAUUCUCUCUGCUGCCCCAGGGCUGAGCACUGCUGCCCUGACCUCUCCAAAUGCCAUCAUGCCUUCUUUCCCCUGAGCUUGCAGGCCAGUAACUGCCUGGCUGCAGCCUCUGGCCCUGUUAGUUUGCUGUCUGUUUUCUGUGAAGUAGUGGAGAGAUCCCAAGUUGCUGCAACUUCACAGGCAGGAAGCUUAAGAGGCUGCCAAGUUGUGCUUGGAUGCAGCUGGCAGCAGAAAUGGAUGUUUCUAUGGGCAGGCAGAUAGAUGUGCUGCCUGAGGUUGGUGGGGGGACCCCCCCCGGGGCAAGGCUGGCUGGGGACAGUGAGGGCUUUUGCAGGGCUUGGAGACCUUUGCACCAGGGCCGGGGCCAUGACAGAGGCCAGGCUGCACCAGCAGCUCCCAAGGACCCAACAGAAAAUGCAGGAUGCCUGCUGGCACAGGGAAGGGGAGGCGGGGGGCACGGUGACACCCACAUGCCAGGCCUGCAGGCUGCAGAAGCUCAUCAGGGCCAGGCUUCAGCCCUGCUACCGAGAGGACUGUUCUGUCCUCACCACAGCCCCAUUGCUGCCUGGCUCUGAGACCCAGUGGGGCUCACGGGGCACGGCCAGCUCGGGCCUCAGAGUCCUGCUCUUCCAUUGCCCAACCACGGGAAAAAUCGCAGCAGCACCCGAGUGCCUCCUCUCACCACCCAAGGAGGCCAAAGCCACCGUGGCAGCGGGGAGAAGCUCCCACUGACAGAACCUGCUGGUGCGGCCGCUCCGCCGGAGGCGCUGAGCUCCUGGCCCAUUUGUUUUGCAAUAAACCCAGGCGAUACGGGA